UCACCUUUUGGAAGGAAAUAUUAUCAGUUGGACAUUUUAUGAAGUUCUUAAGAUUCCACCAUGACACCGACUCUGGAUCCCAACUGUUCCAACAGCUCAGAAGACUGGAACACCUUUUACUUCAACUCCUCAAGGGACCCCCAAUGCCUCCAAUACCCACCCUACCACUACACCCAACAGAAUGUCACCUAUGUGGACUUGUACCUCCACGAGCCCUCGGUGGCGGUAGUCUUCAUUGUGUCCUACCUGUUCAUCUUCCUGGUCUGUAUGGUGGGGAAUGGUGUGGUGUGUUUCAUCGUGCUGCGUAGCAAGAAUAUGAGGACAGUCACCAACCUCUUCAUACUCAAUCUGGCUAUUAGUGAUUUGUUGGUUGGCAUAUUCUGUAUGCCCACUACCCUGGUGGACAACAUCAUAACAGGCUGGCCUUUUGGAAGUGUAGUGUGUAAGCUGAGUGGGAUGGUUCAAGGCAUAUCAGUGUCAGCUUCAGUCUUUACUCUGGUGGCAAUAGCUGUGGACAGGUUCCGCUGCAUCGUGUACCCUUUCAAGCAGAAGCUGACCAUCUCCACCUCCAAGCUGAUCAUUGUCAUCAUCUGGGUCCUGGCUAUCUCCAUCAUGUGUCCUUCAGGGGUCAUGCUCCAGGUGACCAAGGAGCAGCGUGUCCUGAUUCUACUGGGGGACAGCUACAACAGCACACGCCCAAUCUACUGGUGUCGUGAGAACUGGCCCAAUCAGGAAAUGAGGAAGAUCUACACCACCGUCCUCUUUGCUAACAUCUACCUAGCCCCACUGUCACUCAUUGUCAUCAUGUACGUCCGCAUCGGAUUCACACUCUUCAAGAUGGCUGUACCCGCCUCGGGCCGUGGAAUCAGUAGUGGCAGCAGCGGUGGGACGAAGCCCGGCCUGGACAACCACCGUCAGACGGUGUCGAAGAAGAAGAAGAGGGUGAUCAAGAUGCUGCUGAUGGUGGCAUUGCUUUUCAUCCUGUCGUGGCUGCCGCUCUGGACGUUGAUGAUGCUGAGUGACUACGCCAGCCUGACAGCGAGCCAGCACCGUGUCAUCAACAUCUACGUGUACCCGUUGGCCCACUGGCUGGCCUUCUUCAACUCCUCCGUCAACCCCAUCAUCUACGGCUUCUUCAAUGAGAACUUCCGCCGGGGGUUCGAGGCCGCGUUUAAGUUCCAGCUGUGCGUCGCCUACAUGGAGCGCCAGAUGAUCUACUCGCGUCGUAUCCAAGGCAACGCAGUGUUACCUGAGAACCUGCAUCUGCCCACCAGGCCCGGCUCGGCAGGGUCAGGAUUGGCUUUGGUGAACGGGAAGGGGCUGGGCCGGGAGGAAGUUGUCGGGCGGACGUCAGGCGAGAGGUCGUCGGGGAGCAACAUGAAGGAGCAUGAUCUGAUCAUGGAGGACCUGGAGAAGGUAUCCCAGAUUUAA